UGGAGGGCGGAGUCCAGGAGGUGCCGGCCAAGGGAGGGGGCGCGGCGUUGGUGAAGUCCGGCGCUCCCGCAGGCCGUGGAGGCAAUGCUGGCUGCUGCGGGGCAGGCGGCUGGACGGACGGGGAUGUGACCGGACUGCCCCUCGCCUCUCUCCCAUCCUCGGGCGGGCAGGUCGCUGGGCGACCCGCAGCCGGGCCGCGGCCGAGGAGGCAGCGCGACCUCCGCACGAUUCUGUCAAGUUUUAAGAACCAAUGCACCUUAUAGCCCAUGGAAGAAAAAACACAAAUCAAGACAUUUUUGGGUUCCAAGCUGCCGAAAUAUGGAAUGAAAUCUGUGAGGAGUACAUUGCAGCCGAUGCCAAAUGGGGCCACUGUGACUUUAUUAGGGACUUCCAAGAGUAGUAAUGUCAAAAGUUACAUAAAAAAUAAUGGCUCUGAUUGUUCACUGUCCCAUUCAUUUAAUUGGAGAAAAACAAAUACAUAUCAACUUGGUUCACAAAAUACAGCAGAACUUAAUAAUAUUCAAAGUACACAUGACAAACUAAUUGAUCCUGAACAACAUGCGCCUGCUCCAGGAGUGCUGGAUGGGAAUGGGAUAAAGGGAGGUUUGAAAAGGGCUUCCUUGUUCACAUCCAAGUUAGCAAGACCAUCAACCAUGUUUGUGUCAUCGGCAGAGGAGUUGAGUCAGAAAUCUUUUUCUGGACCAUCUAAUUUGGGCAAAUUUACCAAAGGCACAUUACUAGGAAGGACUUCAUAUUCUUCGGUCAAUGCGAAGUCACAUCUGAAUGCGUUUUAUGGGAACAGAUCUCCUGGUAACAUGCAGAAGCCAAGAGUGAACUCCUGUGCCAGCAGAAGUAGUUCCGGAGAAAGCUUAGCACAGUCUCCAGACAAUGCUAAAUCUAUUACUUGUGAAAAAAUGGUAAGGUCACAAAGUUUUUCACAUUCCAUUCAGAAUCCCUUCCUUCCACCUUCAUCCAUAACCAGAUCACAUUCCUUCAACAGAGCUGUAGACCUUACAAAGCCUUAUCAGAACCAACAGCUACCCGUUCGAGUGCCUCUCCGGUCAGGUAUGCUAACAAGAAGUUCUCGGCAGUCAGAAGUACUCAAUGGAAAUGACCACUUGGGGUUUGGUUUUAAUAGGCCUUAUGCUGCUGGUGGAAAGAAACUGGCUUUAUCAGAUGGCCCAGGUGUAUCAUCCACUUUGGUUUAUAGGAUGGGUCAUCCUUCUCUACUGAAAUCUAGCCGAUCUCCAUUUUCUGGUUCUAUGACAGUUGAUAGUAAUAAAAAUCCACCUGCUGACAUGUGCGUAGAGGAAGAAGGUGUGGUUUCGGCAAAGGACAGCUCUCCUGGUAAGGACCAAGAACUAAUUGAAAAUGAAAAUUACCGAAGAGACAAUGAACAGACUAUGAAGCAUGAUUCUAAAAUUAGGUACCUGAGUGAUGAUGUGGAUGAUAUUUCCUUGUCGUCCUUGUCGUCUUCUGAUAAGAAUGAUUUAAGUGAAGAUUUCAGCGAUGAUUUUAUAGACUUAGAGGACUCCAACAGAACUAGAAUAACACCAGAGGAAAUUACUCUCAAAGAAGAAAAGCAUGAGAAUGGACCAUCAAAGGAUAUAUUUGAUUCUCCUAAGGAAAGUGAACAGAUCUUCAGUAAAGCCGAUGAAUGGAUAGAUAUAAGUGUCUCUGACAGGAGUGAAUGCACAAAGCAUACAUCUGGAAACAACCUGAUUUCACCAGAGACGGAUUACAGAGCUGGGUCUUCAUUUGAACUGUCUCCGUCCGAUAGCUCUGACGGAACAUACAUGUGGGAUGAAGAGGGCCUGGAACCCAUCGGAAGUGUCCACCCUGUGGGCAGCUAUGAGUCCUCGGAAAUGAACAGCAUAGAUAUUCUGAAUAAUCUUGAAUCGUGUGACCUUGAGGAUGAUGACCUUAUGUUGGAUGUGGAUUUGCCGGAGGAUGCACCUCUUGAAAAUGUGGAGUGUGACAAUAUGAAUCGCUUUGACCGAACAGACAGAAAUGUACGACAGUCGCAGGACGGAUUUUGGAAAAGGCCACCCCAGAGGUGGAGUGGACAGGACCAUUACCACCUUAGCCAUCCUGAUCACUAUCAUCACCAUGGAAAAAGUGACUUGAGCAGAGGCUCUCCUUAUAGGGAAUCUCCUUUGGGUCAUUUUGAAAGCUAUGGAGGGACCCCCUUUUUCCAGGCUCAGAAGAUGUUUGUAGAUGUGCCAGACAACACAGUGAUACUGGAUGAGAUGACCCUCCGGCACAUGGUUCAGGAUUGCACAGCUGUGAAAACACAGUUACUGAAACUCAAGCGUCUGUUACACCAGCAUGAUGGAAGUGGGUCAUUGCAUGAUGUUCAGCUGUCGUUGCCAUCCAGUCCAGAGCCAGAAGAUGGUGAUCAGAUGUACAAGAAUGAAGAUUUACUAAAUGAAAUAAAACAACUUAAAGAGGAAAUAAAGAAAAAAGAUGAAAAAAUCCAACUAUUAGAGCAUCAGCUUGCAACCCGCUGUAACUGCCACCAGAAAUCUAAAGAGGAAAAGUGUACAUAUGCUGAUAAAUAUACGCAGACCCCCUGGAGAAGGAUCCCCCCUCAAGUACUACAGCCUUCCAGCAGCCUUCCCAGAUCUACAGACCACGCCCAGGGAAAAUUAAUAAAGUCACAACGUCACGAGGCCCACAGUGAAUAUGCAGCUCACAGCAUGAGUUCGGGUGGUCCACAUCCAGAUGGAAGCAUUGCACACGGCUUGCAACAGGACAACGGCCGCGGUUUGGAAAGGUGUCCUUUUUCGUCCACAGGGGAUGUGCUGAAGGACAUACCUUCUGAAUCGAACCUGAGCAUGACUCUGAAUGCUCAAGAGCCUUAUCGUUUGGCAGAGAAAAAACCUAGUGACAUACAGUUUGUAACUCCUCCUCAGACCCCUUCCCAGUCAAGUACAGUCGACCAGACUAAGAGGGGUGGAAGAAACCAAUGUCCUCAGCCCAAGUCCCUGCAGCUUUUAAAGCCAUCCAACUUGAGUUCUUUGACACCUUCUCCAGAUUCUGAUUCAUCACCAAGUAGAACUUCCACAUGUAAGAAGGCACCAGGAAUCACACCAUGCAAUUCAAAACAUCAGCCAACAUCCAAUCAAAACAAUCUUGCAAAUCAUUUGAAUCUGAAAACAUCUAAACUCCGUCCCCCUUCUGGCUCUUUCAAGCAAAAACAAAUAAGCACUCCCCAAGUAGAGCCUCAGAACUUCCAGGCCAAGACAAGCAUCCCAAGGCCCUUGGCACGACCAAAAGAACUGCAUGCUCCACACAGCAGUUUGCAUUCUGGGGAUUGUGUGGCCUCUAAUCGAUAUUCUCGUCUUCCUAAACCAAAGAUACAUUAAGUGCAUAGCCAUCACCUGCCAAUUUGUCCUUUGAAAACAGUCUGCUCUCUGAUAGCUUUAUGUGCAGCUUAUUACUGUGUUGGAGGUUCCAUUUCAGCAAAUCUUAAAAUUAAAAUGCAGAAGCUUCUACUAGUUUGGUUCUUCCAUUUUAUAUCCUGGUUGAAUUACAUACCAUUUGCACAGACUUGUCUCAGGUAAACACAAGUUUACUUAUCCAUCUCAGAGGCCCAAGUCCCUCCUCAUGCUAUCCAGCCCUCUUUCUACAUACCAGAAAAGUCAAAGUAUUCCAUUUAUCAGGCAAGAUGUGCACUUUGCUGAUUUAGUCCUGCUGUGGUAUGUAAUAACUGGUUACCAGAAUCUCACCCCAAUGCUUAGUCCUCUUGUGAGUCUGGUUGCUGUUUUAACUAAAGAUCCAUAAUGAUGACGGAAGCUAGUUGUCUGUAAGCAGGCUUCUGGCCGGGUUUUGUAUAGUUAUGAGGUCUAUGCAAAAGGUCCCCUAAUGGUAAGACCAGGCUUUUAGGACAGGAGUCCUUACCAGUUUUCUCUCUCCUUUCUUGGAUCAAUAAUCUAGUCCUACUGUUUCUCCACUUAUCAGGACAAAUUCCGACGCUAACAGUUGUCAUUAUUUUAUGUAAGCCAAUUCUACGUUGCAGUAACAUCUUGUUUUACACACACAUUUACCAUUCGCUUUUAUUGCUACUGGGUAAAUUUGGAGAGCUUGAGAUGCCUAUGGUAUAUCAAUUGUAACUGUUGGUGCUAGAGUUUUAUGCUGGUAAUUGACUUUUGAAUUUCAUUAACUUAUGGAUUCAUCAUAUUACUUUCAAGUUUCCAUAACAUACAUUGAAAAUUUAAAAUUAAGUCUUUAUUAUAAUAUUUGUAUUUAUUGACUUUUUCCUAGUGUCUGAAGACUAGAAUAAUGGACUUGAGAUAUUUGCACAAAAUUUUGCAAUAUAAAAGAGGUUGGGAUAUAAAAGAGGGUUUUAAAGCUUAUUUUCUAUAAAAAAUGAGUUGAAACACUUUAAGAGAAAUAUAUAAAUUUAAGACUAUCAUAAGUCACUUUUCUGGGUUUCCUAAGUUUCGCUUUUCUGUUGGUAAAAGGUCGAAUGACAGUUUCUUGAAAAGUAGAUUUUGGGGGGAAAUUAAGUUGUAGGUAGGAAAGAAUACUUUCUAAAGAGAGAUUGCUCCAGAUGUCCAGUGGAAGGUAGCUGUUGGACCUCCAGGUGAACCAUGUACAGGAACCUAGCUGUGCUUCUGGCCACUUCUCAAGCAGUUGAGUGAAUUUACCUCAUGUUUGCCCAAAUCAUGCCAUCUUUAGGCUGAUCAUACUUUGUUUAAUUCACAUUAAGAUUUCUCAGAAAGAUAACCUUAAGGGAUGGGUAUCUGAUAGCUGACCAAAAAUGUGUCAAAAGGAAUUAUGGCCAAAACAAAUGUCUAUGACUUCCUUUUUAUGUACCUAGGUUAUAAAGAGAAAUGUGUUAUCAAAUACAUUAGUGCAAAGUUGCAAAGUCAUAUUUGCUACCCUUUGGGGGCAGUCUUCCCUUAAAUGUCAGAACCCCUCAAGUGAAUUUGCCUUUUUGGAGAAGGAGACCUUUUCCCAGUUUGGGAACAGGCGAGCAUAGUCUCACACCACAGUCAAGAAGCUCAGGAUAUGCUGUGCCAAGUCAUCUCAGCUGUGGGCCGCAGCACUUACUCCUUGUCAUGAGAGCUGAGCCAGGCUGGCACAGGUGUGUAUGGGCACAUAUGCUUUCUCCUUACGGAGAAUGAAAACUAACCUCAUGGAUCGCACAUCAGCUGCAGUCAUACUCUAGUCCCUGCAAUAGAACAUACUCAGUAAUGUAUUAGGGUUGUUGUUGUUUUUGUUUUUUUUUUUUUUUUCAUCAGAGACUUGAAUAGACUUUAUGGAAUACUUCCACAAAUUAGUUUAUUCUUGAAGGAAAGUUUUAAUUUUUAAAUUUAUUUAUAGCCCUCUUGUCUGAGGGAAAUGUCUUUGUUGCCUAUUAUGUUAAAGUGUUGACUCUAGUAAUUUCUUUAUUCUAAUUUUUGGCCCACUUUAAUUUUUUUUUCUCCCUGAUAAAUUUGUAGAAAUAUUUAUCUACCAGUUCACCUUCUCGAAACCUUUGUUGGGCCUCAGUCUUGGUAGAAGACGGGCAGGCUUAUCAAUGUAUUUCGUUUUCCUUGAGAUAAGAGCCUCACACAUGCCAGGCUGGUCUCUAACUCACAGUGUAGCCAAAGAUAACCUUGGAUUUUUGAUCUCCUGCCUCCAUCUCCCGAGUGCUGAGAUUACAGGCGUGCACUGCCACCCCUGGUUCUGUGUGGCGCUGGAGACUGGAAUCUUGGGCUCAGUGUGUGCCAGACAAGCACUCUACCAAGUGAGCUGCAUUCCCGGCCCUCAUCCGUUUGCCUCCAAAGCGCAAUGUGUGCUUCAGAUACACUGCCCAGAGAAAACAGUUGGGGUGCCUUCACAAAUACCAGGCUGUUGGCCUGCAGUUUUCUGGAAAAGCUGCAAGAAUAUCAUCUUGUCUGCCCCAGUAGCACCAAGCAGUCCAAUGAGGGCCCAGCACUGCUGAACAAGCAGAGGUCAUUUUCUCAAGGUGGCUCACUCUCUUGAUGGUGUCUGUAAACCACCUCAACUCGCUACCAACCGUCCUCUGCAGGAGCUUAGUUCACUCUCCCUGUUCUGUCAGUGAAGACAGUGGGAGUAGGUGAAUUCUAAGUCCCAAGGGUGGCACUGGAUAAUUUUCACAUGCACGAAAGAGAAAAGAAUAUACAGAAUUAUUUACUUGGCUCUUUAAUAGGAUGCAUUUAAAAAAAAAAGUCUGUUUUUUGAUCUAGAGUUUUGCUUGUUCUAAGAUGUUCAUUGGCAUAGGGCCAGGCGAUUUCAAGACAUCCAACAAAGGAUUCUAGAGUUGUAUCAUUUUUAAGAUUUCUAAACACUGAGACUUACCUACCUGUUAUUUUUCUUUUGUGUCUCAUUUUUAUUCGUUCAGUAUUUUCAGGCACAUUGACUACUGUUCAUUGUAUUUAUAUAGAUGUUAGGGAACUUACUAAGCAUUUUAGCAAGUAAAAAUCUGAGUACAAAAGAAAAUAUCAGAUACGCACUUUAAAUGAGCUUAAUUGCUUGGAGAUGUGCCUGAAAUAUCAAGAUGCCUCCUCUGGGUGUGGCUUUGUUUAGUAAAAUCAAUUUCUCUGCAGUUGUUGAAGGUGGCUGUACAGCUUUUUCCCAGAACUGUAUCCCAGCAUGCCACUGUCCCAUGAUAGCACUAAGUUUUCUUUGAAUGUCCAUCAUCCCUUUAAAUAUUUUACUCAGUGUAUCAAGACAACUUGAUCCCGGUAAAGUCCCUUCUGAGGUCCCGUGCCUGCCGUAGAUGGUGUUCCAGAUGCAGGUGGCUUCCUGGCUUACCACCCUAGUGGUCCUACCAGUUUCCCGAGGUUGCACUUUGGGGUCAAAAGAGCUUGUACUGGAGUCCAGAAAGACUGCAGCACCAUUUCCACUCGCUCCAUUCUCCACAGUGGCUUCCAUGUUGCUGCGUUAGCUUGGGUAGUUAUGUCUGCAUGCAUAUGCACACAUUUGAAAAUGAAGUAGAGCCGUACCUUCAACACGUGGGAUUUUCCUCGGAGAUGAUCACCUGCUCUUUUCCUCAUGCGGAAGCUUGAGUUCUAUUUUUUCUUGGUCUUUCUACAGGUCCCUUUAACUUUCUGCUGCAGCAACUUGAGAGGAUAUAUUUGGACAAAUGAUUAUGAGGUUCCUAUAAUUAUGUAAUUGAUUAAAGCUUGUGUCUUGACCUUGUUGAGUAAAAGCUGCCCCUUUCUUCCUGGUAGAGCAUUGCCCAAAUGAAUAGUGCUGGCCUUGAGAACUUAACUUGGCCAUGACUGGCUAAAACCAGAAACAACAUCUGCAAUGUUCUCCCAUUGAUUUUACAAUCCAGUUCAGAGUACAUAAUGUAUAUUAGAAUUUGCCUGUAAAAUGAAUUAUGGAAACCGGAUAUAAAGUCUCUUUCCUGAAAGUGUUGGCUUAGUAAAUAAAAAAUAAAGUUCAUAAUUAUAAAAAUG